UUGAAGUCAGUAAAGACCAAUUUUCAAAAAUUUUCCAAGUCAUUUGGUUCGUAGCGUAUAUUUAGUCUCAAAAAAAAAACAACACUAAAAUGAUUUACGCGAUGCUACAGGCCGUGUCAACGGCGAUUUACACAACCUUCUCCACAUUGUGGCACAUUGAACAGCUGCUUAUAAACUUUAUGAUGUUCUGUUUUUUUCUGGUGCUGCGCAUUGCCUGUCAUCCUUUCAUGUUGAUUCCAAUGCUACUGGGCGCGGUCUAUUUUGUGCGCAAGAUGUUGCAGCGUCGUAAGGCUCAGAUGGGAACCGAGCUUGCGGCUAGUCGGAUAAUGCCGGCGCGCACUCCUCGGAUACGUUCCUAUCGUAGCGCUGGAAGCUUGUCGUCACGCAGUCGUGAUAGUAUUGCCAGCGGGGGCAACGCCUCCGAGGAGGAACAUAUACAUACGUAA